AUGAAGAGAGCCCACCUGUUUGUGGUGGGGGUCUACCUGCUGUCCUCCUGCAGGGCGGAGGAGGGACUGAACUUCCCCACCUAUGAUGGCAAGGACCGCGUGGUCAGUCUAACCGAGAAGAAUUUUAAGCAGGUUUUGAAGAAAUAUGACUUGCUCUGCCUCUACUACCACGAGCCCCUCUCUUCAGAUAAAGUCGUGCAGAAACAGUUCCAGCUGAAAGAAAUCGUGCUGGAGCUUGUGGCCCAGGUCCUGGAACAUAAAGAUAUAGGCUUUGUGAUGGUGGAUGCCAAGAAAGAAGCCAAGCUUGCCAAGAAAUUGGGUUUUGAUGAGGAAGGAAGCCUGUAUAUUCUUAAGGGUGAUCGCACAAUUGAGUUUGACGGCGAGUUUGCGGCUGACGUCUUGGUGGAGUUUCUCUUGGAUCUCAUUGAAGACCCAGUGGAGAUCAUCAAUAGCAAACUGGAAGUCCAAGCCUUUGAGCGCAUUGAGGACCACAUCAAACUCAUCGGCUUUUUCAAGAGUGAGGAAUCAGAACACUACAAGGCUUUUGAAGAGGCAGCUGAACACUUCCAGCCUUAUAUCAAAUUUUUUGCUACUUUCGACAAAGGCGUUGCAAAGAAAUUGUCCUUGAAGAUGAAUGAGGUUGACUUCUACGAGCCAUUUAUGGACGAGCCCAUUGCCAUCCCUGACAAACCCUACACAGAAGCGGAGCUCGUGGAGUUUGUGAAAGAGCACCAAAGACCCACUCUACGUCGCCUGCGCCCAGAAGAUAUGUUUGAAACAUGGGAAGAUGAUUUGAACGGAAUCCAUAUUGUGGCCUUUGCAGAGAGGAGUGACCCAGAUGGCUAUGAGUUCCUGGAGAUCCUGAAGCAGGUUGCCCGGGACAACACAGACAACCCGGACCUGAGCAUCGUAUGGAUCGACCCCGACGACUUUCCCCUGCUUGUUGCCUAUUGGGAAAAGACUUUCAAGAUUGACCUCUUCAAGCCACAGAUUGGAGUGGUGAAUGUGACAGAUGCUGACAGUGUGUGGAUGGAGAUUCCAGAUGAUGAUGACCUGCCCACAGCUGAGGAGCUGGAAGACUGGAUUGAGGAUGUGCUUUCUGGGAAGAUAAACACGGAGGAUGAUGACAAUGACGAUGAAGAGGACGAAGACGACGACAACGACGAUGAUAAUUCUGAUGAAGAGGACAAUGAUGACAGUGAUGACGAUGAUGAAUAG